AAAAUUUAUGUUUAUGCUAUGUAAAAAUAUUUAUUCAGUUAUUAGUUCUUAGAAAUUCAAAAUAUAUGGAAUUCUAGUCCAAUUCAGCAAGCACAAUAUAUGAAGACCUCAAAAAUAAAUGGAGUCGGUGUAAACUCCAACAUAAAUUGUGAUAAUAUGUGUAAUUUAAAAACUCCUGUAACUGCAAACCAUAUUUCAAAUGUAAUAUCUAAAACUGAAUGUUCAAAACUUAAUGGUUUACACCUUUCUCUCAAAAAUGCAAAUAAUAAAAAUGAAGAUUAUUUAGCUUUCAAUGGAAGCAAAAAUCAUACAGGUGAAAGGGGUAAUGAACAGCUUUUAUUUAAUAAUUGUAUAAAUGAAAAUAAAUCAAUAGAUAAUUUAUAUUCUAUGAAUGGAACUAAUGAUGAGGAUGAAGAAACAGAUGAUAAAUUAUUCGAUAAUCGAUAUACCAAUGAUAUCAAUGUUUUAUUAAGGGGAGAAUCUGAUAACAUAUUUAAAAAUUAUAUACAAGCUAUUCCAAAAAUUCAAAUGUACAAAGGAAUAUUGUUACAAGGGUUUCUGGUGCCCCAGAAACUCAUAAAGGGCUUAGAAGGUUUACAAAUUAGACCUGAUGACAUCAUCAUAGCCUCAUAUCCAAAAUCAGGUACUACGUGGACCGAGGAAAUCGUCUCUAUCCUUUACAACAACGGGAAUCUGGAGAAGAUAAAAUCGAAAAAUUUGAUAGAUCGCGUCAUCCACUUGGAAGUGGGCCGGCCCCUAUUCCCUUUGACCUUCCUCAACAACCUUAAGUCUCCUAGGCUCCUGGCUACGCACUUGCCUUUCCAUCUGUUGCCGGCGCAAGUCAGGGACCUUAAAUGCAAAAUUAUAUACGUUGCUCGAAAUCCGAAGGAUAACGCGGUUUCCUACUUCCAUCAUCAUAAGAUCGCUUCCUUCCUCGGUAAUUACAAAGGCAGUUGGGACGAAUUUCUGCACUUGUUCUCCCACGGGAAACUUGUUUACGGCUCCUGGUUUCAUCACGUGGCUAAGUAUUGGGAGGAAUCCAUCAAUAACCCCGACAAAAUACUGUUCCUCAAAUACGAAGAUAUGAAGAGAGACUUAGAAAAAGAGGUCAGGAAGAUUCUGGGAUUCCUUAACAUGGAGAUAACUCCCGAAAGAUUAAACCUGCUCAUAGAUCACUGUUCCUUUGAGAGCAUGAAGAACAAUAACAUGGUGAACAGGGAGGUGUUGCCUAUCAAGGUCUUCGAUUUUUCUCAUACCAAGUUUAUGAGAAAAGGGAUCAUCGGGGACUGGAAAAAUUAUUUCGACGAAACGCAGAACGUAGAAUUCGAACGAAUAUACCAACAAAAAAUGAAGAAAAUCAAAAACAAUCUAACUUUCGACUUCGAACCUUAAAAGGGGGGAAAAUGAGAAAUUUAAAAGCUGGGGGUGAAAAAAAAUUUUUUUUACUCCCCAAACCAAAUUGUAAUUUAUAAGAGUAUCCAUUUUUACCUUUUUGCGUGCUUAAAUAUUUAUCGUUAAAAAAUAUAUAUAUCCCCCCCCCCUUUUUUUUAAAGCAAAAAGUUGCAUACAUUAUAUAAUUUGAUUCGCCAUUAAGACAGACAGACAAAUAAUACUACUUGUUAUUUUUUUUCUUCAAAUAUAUUACAAGUUAAAUUAAUACGAUUUUUUUUGUGUUAAACAUUUCCAAAUAUAUUUUUAUAAAAUUGUAUAUAAAUUUUGCUAUUAUUGUUAUUUGGCAAAGUUUAAACAAUUUUUCAUAAGAAUAUUGUCGUUACAAAAUAUUUAUAUAUAUGGGAAAUGUUUUACGAUACAAAAAUCAUAUUAAUGUAGUAUGUACAAUAUAUAUAGGAAAAUUAAAUAGUUUUUAUUUUUGUAUCUAUUAAUUUAAAAAAAAAUUGAAAUUGAUUAGAUUUAGUUUCGAAAAUAUCGGAAUUAAUUUUUUUUUUAAAUCUUGUAAAGAUUAUUCAUACCCCGAGGAGUAAAAUGACCCUCUUUUUUUUAAAAAAAAACAAAUUAUUAUUUUUUUUUAUAUAAAUUAUGACAUUUUUUUUAAAAAAAAAAAUAAUAAUAUCUUGUAUUUAAUUUCUAAAUGUGCUUCUUUUUUAAAAAAAUUUGUAAGAAAAUAUGUUUUUUAUUUUUUUAAAAAACACCUAAAUAUAAAUAUUGUUUUUUUUUGUGUGUAUGUGAGUCCUUCGUUUAUAUUUACUUUUAAUCUAAAAAAACAUAUAAUAUUCAUUGGUUUACUACUUAAUACGCGUGUAAAAUGAUUGAGCUAAAGAAUACAUUUUUAUUGUAAUUUUGUAAAGUAUUUAUAUAUAUAAAAAAAAUUUUUUUAUGUAAUAAAUACAAAUAAUAAAAAAAAAAUCAUUAUAUUCAAAAUAACUAACAUAUUACAGCAAAAAAUUCAUUUAUUUAUAUUUCCUUCCUACUC